AUGCCUCCUCCUCCUCCAUCUCCUCCACCAAAGUCCAACUCCUCCCUCACCUCGUCCACCAAACCCGCCUCAUCUCCUACUGCUCUCCCCGCAUCCAAAGACCUUCAUCUUCCAUCUUCCGAUGCAAUAUCACACAUCAUCAAGGCAGACUUAAAUGCAUUCCAUUUGUCAAAUGAGAUGGGAACGCUGUAUAUUCCAUCCCCGAAAAUACAAUCCCAGCGAGACGCAUUUUCGAGCGCAGGAGCUGCUCUGAAUCAGGUCGGGCCAAGUUUCGCAGACUUGUCACAAAGACCGGUAAGAGCCGGUCGGAAUAAGAUAUUGGUGUGA